AUGGAGCUCAUUCUACAUGGCAAGGCUCCUUUGAUCGGAGGAAUCGAGGAAGAACAGGCGAUCAUCGGCAUCUGGGCUGAUCCUGGUGGUUCCACCCCUGCAAUGAUUUCCCGAGCCAAGCCCGGCUCUUUGCCGGGCCAAAAGGACUUAUUUAAGAAAUUAAGAUACCCAAGUCAAUGA